CCUGUAAUCAACCAACCAACCACAAUGCCACCAAAGAAGGGAGCAAAGAAACGGACAGGAUCCCAUUCAUCCACUUCCGCUUCCGCAUCAGCUGUCGAGGUAACUGCAUCAGCAACUAAUGGCGCCGUGAAGGCCGCCAAGGAAGAAAAAACCGUGCUGUUGAAGAAUGCCGAUAGCGCAAAGAAGAAGUCGGAUUUUCUGACGAGGACAUUAUGGACUUUUAUCAUGAUCGCACUCUUCUUCACCGUCCUCGGCGCGGGCCACCUCUGGAUCAUCGGCCUCGUCGUCCUCGUCCAGGUCAUGGUCUUCAAGGAGGUCAUCUCCAUCGCAUCUGUUCCCUCCGAGGAGAAAAAGCUCCCAUUUUUCAGAACACUGAAUUGGUACUUCUUCUUCGUUGCGCUCUAUUUCUUCUAUGGAGAGAGUGUGAUUUACUACUUCAAGCAUAUCGUGUUGGUUGAUGCGUAUAUUUUGCCAUUGGCGACGCAUCAUAGGUUUAUCUCGUUUGUGUUGUAUGUUAUGGGAUUCGUGUUCUUUGUCAUGAACUUGGAGAAGGGACACUACAAGUUCCAGUUUACCCAGUUCUGCUGGACCCACAUGGUCCUCCUCCUCGUCGUCGUCCAGUCCCACUUUAUCACCAACAACAUCCUCGAAGGUCUCAUCUGGUUCUUCGUUCCCGUCGCUUUCGUGAUUUGUAACGACACCUUUGCCUACGUCUGUGGAUUCCUCUGGGGCCGCACGCAGCUCAUUGCCGUUUCCCCGAAGAAGACCGUUGAGGGAUUCGUCGGUGGAUGGAUCUGUACGGUUAUUAUCGGCUUGGGAUUGGCGAAUUGGUUGAUGAGGUACAAGUACAUGAUCUGUCCUGUCAGGGAACUUGGUGUCUCCAUGUUCUCCGGCGUCGACUGUACCCCCAACCCCGUCUUCCUCCCCCACACCUUCUCUCUCGAACCCCUCUCCUCCCUCAUGCCCCUCCUCCCCUCCAGCAUAAUCUUCGCGCCCGUCCAAUUUCACUUCCUCAUCUUCGCGACCUUCGCCUCCCUUAUCGCCCCCUUCGGCGGCUUCUUCGCCUCCGGCCUCAAACGUGCCUUCUCAAUCAAAGAUUUCGGAGACUCUAUCCCCGGCCACGGCGGUAUGACCGACCGUAUGGAUUGCCAGUUCAUGAUGGGAUUCUUUUCGUAUAUGUACUACCAGAGCUUCAUUGCGCAGCAUCAGGUUGCAUUGGGGAAGGUGCUUGAGAGUGCGAUCACGAGUUUGUCGGCGGAGGAGCAGGUUGAGUUGGUGAAGGGGUUGCAUAAAUAUUUGAUUGGGCAGGGGAGACUUGGUGAGGGUGCGUUGGAAUGUUUGGCUCAGUAUGGGCUGUGACGUAUCAAGCUUCUUGACCAAGGGGAAUGGAAGAGUAUGAUUACAGGAAGG